AUGGCUCACAACUACAUAAACUCGCCGGGCACGGAUGCCACUGGCAACACCUUUCUGAGCCCGGACAAGCAUCCUGCCAUUGACCUUUCUUUCGCCCAACCUUUCGCGUCGCCCUCAAAGAAUCCUGCACAGGAUCUUCGGAAUCAAAUGCGCGGUCUGCGAGGCGCACCCAAGACCGCACAGACACCGCGUGCCCGGACGGCCCUUGUCGACAAGCGAAAUCCCAUGGGCAAACAGGAGUUCACGCCACUCCUGAAGAGCGCGAAGCGAAAUCAGCUUAUGCAGCAGAGCAUUUUGGAGGAGAAAGAGAACACCGACUCGUCGAGACUCAGAACACCCGCCGGCCUGCGACAGAGCUAUGGGAGCAGAGCCACGCCAGGCCUGCCCGUGGAGUCUUCGAUGCUAGACGAGCCGACCGGAAGCUCCAGUGACAGAGAUGCGACGCCCAUGGCACCUCAAGUAUCGAGCUCGUCGAUGAUAGACUCAACGCCUAUGCCACAGCUACCCGAUCGCAACAAAGGCGGCGUGCUGGACCAAGGAAACGUUCUCACCCUGCGCGACCAGGAAGCUAAACUCGACCAGAUUCAGAAGGACAACUUUGGUUUGAAGCUGAAGAUACACUAUUUGGAAGAGGCUCUGCGCAAGAAUGGAAAUGAGUAUCACCAGAGAACCCUGAAAGAGAACGUGGACCUCAAGACAAGCAAAGUUUCUCUUGAACAAGAUCUCAAGCGGCAGCGUAAGCGAUUACAAGAGGCCGAGCACCAACUUGAAGAGUACAAGAUGUAUCUCCAUGAGUACCAAGAGAAAGUCAAGAAGCGUCACGCGAGCGAACGCGAUCAGGAGGAAUUUGAUCGGCUGCAGAAGAUGGCAGAGGAGUCGCAGAAGAUCGCAGACGAGCGGGAGGCCGAGUUGGAAGACAUGCGCGAGAAGCUGGGUCAGGCGGAACAACUCCAGGCCUCUGAGAACGAGGCGCAGCGCUUGAAGGAAGAGAUGGAAGACUUGGAGCAAGACCUGCGCGACCGCGAUCGCCAGCUGGAUGAGAAGGAAGCACAGCUCGAAGAUCUCCAAUAUAAGCUUCGAGACGCGGAGAAGGCACAGAACGACUCAGAGGAGCUACAAAAGCUCAGAGAUGACAUGCAGGACCUAGAACAAGACAUACGAGAUCGCGAGCGUCAGCUAGACGAGAAGGAUGAGAGACUGGAGAAAUUGCAAGAGGAGCUCAAAGCCGCGAAGGCCGAUCUGCAAGGCGCCGAGCAUCUGCAGCAAGACGUCGAAGAACUGGACGCCGAUCUCAAAGACAGAGAUGACGAGCUGGAUCGCAAGAGAGCAGAGAUAAUUGAGCUUCAAGCGCGCGUCAACAGCGUCUACGACCGUGAAGCCUCAACCAAGAAACUGCGUGGUGAUGUUUCUGGGCUGGAAACCAAGCUUCGAGAGAAGGACCAAGAGCUGGACGAGACUCGGGAGCAGCUACGCGCUCUUGAGAAGCGCUUGCAAAGCUCUGAGUCUUCGCAAUCCAAUACGCUGCGCCAGCGGGAGGAUGAGUUGCGCAAUGCGCAGCGCGAACUUGCGGACAAAGAUGGAGAAAUUCGUGCUCUUCAGGAGCGACUUUCAACGGCUCGUGGCAGCUGGGAUGAGGAAGCACAACAGAACGAUCAGCGCAUGCACGAGAAGGAUCAGUUGAUUCGAGAAAAGGAGAACCAGCUCAGGGAUAAAGUGCGUCUCAUUGAGGAGCGUGAAGAUGAGCUGUCAGAUCUUGAAAAGCGACUGCGCGAUACCGAAAAUGUGCGAGAUGAAGCUCUGCGAAAGCAAGGCAGUCGCUCUCACGAACUAGAGGACCAGCUACAGGAGUUGCAAGAGAAGCUGCGCAUGGCAAGUUCUAGUUCUCAAGCCAAGCUCAACGAAAAGGACGCUCUCAUACAAGCUCGCGAGGCCGAAAUGCAGUCCUUGCAAAGCCGCAUCAAUUCACUGCAGUCAGGCGACAGCGCUGAGCUGCGGAAGAAGAAUGAGCAAUUACAGCGGCUCGAGUCGGAUCUCAAGGCAAAGGAGCGGGAAAGUAGAGAUCAAAGCCACCAGAUCACUAGUCUCAAAUCUCGCUUGGGAGCUAUGGAGACUCCUUCAAAGAAGGAUAGUCUGAUCAAGCACCAAGCUGACCAAGUGCGAUCCCUUCAGCAAGAGCUCACGAAAUUGGAACAGGACAAGGAUGCCGAAUUGGAUGAGCUAGAUCAACAGCUUCAGACCCUUGAAGAUCAGAAUGCUGGACUGCAGCGCCAAGUGGAAACCCUGCGGAAGAAGAGCGAGGCUGCUGAUUGGGACCAAAGCUUGAUCGGCCACCAAGGUCACGAUCUCAAGGCCAAAGACGAGCUGAUUACUCGCCUUGAAGACGAGCUGAAUCAAUUCCAAGCGAAACUCCGAAAUGCCGUCGAGCAACGACAGUCAGACGUACGAGACUUGGAGCGCGAGCUGGAACUUGCACGAUCCUCUGGCAAAGGUAACGUUGAAGAUGCUCAGCGAAGGCUGAGGGCCUUGAAGUCUGAUCUUGAGACCCAACAUGCCGAAGCAAUCCAAGACCUGAAGGAUGAGAUGGAUGUCGUUGAAGAUGAGAACGACCGCCUCAAGGCAGAGAAGGUGAAUCUUGAAACUCGCAUCCAUGAGCUCGAGAAUGAGCUUGAGAAAGCUCGACGCGCCAAGGAGAACGGAACACCUGUACGUGAGCGCAACGACCUUCGUUUGAAGCUCAAGACCGUGGAGAAUGAGCGGGAGCGGUUCAAGACUGAAGCGAAGACCCUUGAGUCCGAGCUUGAACAGGCACUGCAGUCUCAAACAAGUGGCACACCCAUUCGCGAGCGAAAUGAAUUGCGUGGCAAGCUACGAGAAGCUGAGGCUAAGAUCGCCAAGUUCCAGGACCGGAUCGAGACUCUGGAGGCUGACUUGCAAUUUGUACAGCAGGAGAAGACGAUCGCUGAGGAGCGACAAGAUCUUCAUGAGCUGCUCAAGACCGCCAAGGUCGAAGAGGAGCAGGCACGCAUCGAGCUUAUCAAGCGAGACAAGAAGGAAGCUGCUGCGAGAAAGAGGGAGAGCGAGUUGAAGGCACAAUUGCAGAGCGCCAUCGCUGAUGCCGAAGACCUCCAGGCGCAAGCUACCGAACUCGAGAGCCAACUCCAGGCGUCUACGGCAAAGGAGCGCGAGCACCGCGCCCAGCUUAAGGACCUCAAGCUUGCAAAGACCCAGUUGGAGGAACUCGAGUUCCAACUGCAAGACCGCAAAGGCAGCUCUUCGGGUCAUGCCAGACGUGAAGCAGAACUCCGUGGCCAGCUCCGCGAUGCUCAGGCUGAUCUUGAGCGCCUGCAACUGGAUGCUGUUGAGAAGGACGACAAGCUCCAAGCAGCCUAUCGAAAGGAACAGGAACUACGUGAGCGUCUGCGACGAGCCCGAGCCGACGAUACCUUCCAGCUUGACCGGCAAGAUCUCCAAGCGCAACUGGACGAUGCGGACUUGGAACUUCAAGCAUUGCAGAAGCAACUCGCUGAGCGCAGCAGCAAGCUUCACGCAUCGUUGAAGCGCGAAUCGGAGCUCCGAACAAAAAUGAACGCCUUGCGUGCCGUGAAUGACAACGACAAGACGUUCGAUGAGAAACAACAUGCCGUCGCGACUGAGCAGAAACUCAUCUCCUCGCAAAAGAAGCACGAAGCCGAGCUCAAAGGCCUCGUCAAGCAGAUCCAAUACCUCCGAGCGAAAUUCACACGAGAAGAAAACUUCCGAGCGGAUUUGGUGUUUGUCAAGAAAUUCUUCACGAUGCAGAUUGGCAUGUAUAGUGCUUGGUAAGUUUUCCCCCCUUACGCUAGUCGAAAGCUAAGUGAGAACAUUACUGAUCUUUUCUACAGCAACAAAGUCGACCUGAAACUCUUGGAAGAAAUGGGUAUCACUCCCGAUCUGUCUGUGCGGGAGAAGAAGCCGAAGUUGAAGACGGUGGGUCUCGCUGUUUUGGCCGGGGUGAGGAUGCAGAAACUGGCGAAGCAGUGGAAGGGAAAUCAGGAAUUGCAUCGGCAGUUGGUGAGGAAAUUGGAAGGGAUGAAGGGACGGAAGGUUUCCUCUGGUGGCGGUGGUGGGAAAGUUGGAAAGUAA